AUGGCUUGCUUUGCUUGCGGUUCGAGAUGUUGUGCGUUUGUCGUUACAUACAGUUGUGCGGAGUUGAUUGGAGAGGCGUGUGCCAAGAGCAGGGAUGCGAAAGUCUUGCGCAGGGAUUCAGGAGCUUGGUGUAAGACGGACCGUUUUCCGCGUGUGCAGAAGGAUGAUUUGAGCUAA